AAGUGUAAAACAGCAUUAUACUUAGCAUAAGUACGCUUUAUACGGGAUCUCCGUAUAAAAUACACUUGUGGUAAGUAAGGAAGAUCCUCAGUGUAAGAAAACUAUAUUAUCAACUGAAGUAAACUUUGUAAUCUUCUUUUAUUAUCUACCUACUUGAGAUAAACAAAAUACAUUGGCUCACAUUAUACUGAUUCCAAGUAGAAAGACUACUUAAAUACAAGUACUUUAUUUUCAUAAAACUUGUAUACUUAUUACUUCUUCAACCGCUUGUAGUCUACUCAGGAGUGGUAUAUUCUGUAUUUAGACUCAGUAUUUUUUUUAUUCAUUUUAAAACGAAGUUUUACUGAUUCCAGGUACUUUCUUUACCUGCCUUUCGAAACUUUUUUACCUAUCACUUUUAUACUGGGGACAAGUAAAUUCUAUAAUUCGCCACCGGAAAAAAUUUCUGUCAGUGUAGAGGCUUUGUUUUUAUUUUGAAAAUGUCAUUAUAUUAAAAAUACUAUUUUUAUUCAACAUAAUAAAACAUUUAGUUGUAGAAAUAUUAAUAUUAAGUGUAAUAUAUACAUAGUUUAAUCUAGUAAUCAAAACACAGUGUAAUAUCAAUAAUUUGAGGUUAUCAAGCCGGUAAAAUAUUUUUAAUAAAAAAUGCUGGUAUGUGGUCUGAGGCAAUACGUAUUUGUAGAGAGUACUUACCAAGUCAAGAAGCAGCUUUACGUCGUGAGUUAACACAAAAAAGCAUUGGAAAUGAUAGCACACAAACUCUGAAAGAAGCUGGACGUUGGUUAAAAGUUGGUGAAAUCCGUACAGCAUUAGAUAUUUUAAUUUCAGAUACAUCUCAUUCAGUUCUUAUACAAACAGCUGACAUUGUGUUUAAUCAAUCUGAUCCAGAUACCGCUUCACAAGUUGCUACAGAAUUAGGAGCUAAAUUAGCUAGUCAUGAAGAACAUGCUUUAGCGGCACAAGUUUAUCUUAUGCCUCAAGAUAAUAGCAUGAAACUCCAUAAAUGUAAAUGUAUUAGUGAAUGUGCUUUCUUUGGCAACAACAAAAAUAGCCUCAGAUUUUUAAAAUUAACUUAUCAUGAUUUGCAAGAUGGUAUAAGCAUUACAGCUUACAGGAUCAAUACGUCAGGCAAAGAAGAAGGUUUUGGUCAGUCUAUUUUACACUACGGUCAAUUAGUAUUUCAUGCUUCUCCAUAUAAUUUUCAGGAUGUAUUUAGCUGUAUGGUAACAGCUAAAUUUACACAUGUACUUCAAAAAGAUGUAUUUCGAGCUCUUUGUAAAUUAUCUAUAAUACGAAAUAAUUGUAUACAAGGAUUUGGUAACGUCUUUGAUAAAGUUUUAUUGUAUUUUGAAAAAUUCUGGUUGAACAAGAUAACACCCAUAAGAUUCUCUGUAAAUAAUUUGGAUGAUCGAACGAAUAAUUGUAUAGAAUCAUACCAUAAAAGAUUAAAUACACAACUACUCAAAAAUCCGAAUCUGACUGAAUUUAUUAGUCCCCAGAGUUGAAUACGAUAAUUUUUA